ACAAUGGACUGGGUAGUCUGGCUUAGCCUUCCACAUUCAACAGUUUGGUUCUCUGUAGUGUUUUGCUUUUGGUCAGUUUCAACAUUAUUUCAUGAUGACGCAUUUAAGUUGUCAACUUUUAAAAACUGUUACAGACGCUUGUCUAGUUGUUAAAUAAGCUAACAAUAGGGUAUUUGUUUAUAGUGCAUAGUUUUUUUUUAAAUAAGUAUUAAAAUAAUGUCACCACAAAUGUGUAGUUGUUUUGUUUGGGCGAUACUGCUAUUUGUAUCUUCAUGUGCUGCCAGACAAAAUGUGACCAGACAGAAUGUGACUAGACAAAAUCUGACAAUCGGAGGGCUGUUUGAGAGAAAUGGUCAGUUCAUGCAACAUGCAUUUUUGUACGCGACUGAAUGGGUCAAUGAGAGGGAAUAUUUAUCUCAGUUCCACUUGGUGCCACAACUAAUACAAGUGGAUCCUUACGACAGCUAUAAAAUUUCAACACAAGUGUGUGACUUGCUGGCUGGCAGUGUAGCAGGAGUGUUUGGUCCUCAAUCAGAGGACACAAGCGAUCAUGUUCAGUCCAUCUGUGACGCCAUGGAGAUCCCUCAUGUGCAGACCAGGUGGGACUCGAGGCAGAGAAGAGGUUCUUGUCUGGUCAAUCUCUUUCCUCACCCCUCCACAAUAGCCAAGAUAUUUGUAGAUCUAGUAAAGAUUUAUGAGUGGGAGAGCUUCACACUUGUGUACCAGGACAAUGGUGGUCUGAUUCGCUUGAAUGGUCUGCUGGCGUACUAUGACCAUAAGGGCUUCCCUGUGACAGUACGCCAAUUGGAAGAUGAAGGCAACUACAGGCCAGUAUUGAGGAGAAUCAAGAACACAGACGAGAAAAACAUUGUGUUGGACUGCUCAGCUGAUAUUUUGUUCGACGUGUUGCUUCACGCACAGCAGGUUGGCUUAAUGGGCUCAGACUACAGCUACAUAAUAACCAACUUUGACUUCCAAACAAUAGACUUGGAAUCUUUCAUGUACGCUGGAACGAAUAUAACCGGAGUCCGACUUUUUGAUCCAGAAAGCACCAAAGUACAAGAAAUUACCAAAUUUUGGCUAGAGAGACAAAAUGAUCAUGGCUAUGACAUUUCAGCAGAGACAUUGCUGACAGAGUCGGCUUUGAUACAUGAUGCAGUGCUUCUUUACGCCAAGGCUGUGGACGAGCUCUUCAAGAGUAGAGACAUCGAGACAAAGUCAAUAAGUUGUGAGGCUAACGACAACUGGGAACAUGGAUACAGCAUAAUAAACUUCAUGAAAGUUAGCGAAGUGUUAGGGCUGACUGGCCUGAUAAAAUUCGACAAUGAAGGAUUCCGUUCCGACUUCAAACUUGACAUUAUUGAACUGACUACAGAGGGAAUAAUGAAGAAGGGCACUUGGAAUACUACUGAAGGAGUCAACUUUACCCAGUCAGUUGAGAAAGAAGACGAGGCCAACUCAAAAAUGGAUUUGAAGAAUGUGACUUUUGUUGUGAUGAUUUCAUUGGUGGAUCCUCAUGCCAUGCUGAGGGAGACGACCACAAAGCUGGAUGGCAACGAUAAGUACGAGGGGAUGGGGAUAGAUGUGAUUCAUGAGUUGUCUGUGAUGAAUGGAUUCAACUACACGUUCCGAGAGCAGGAGGAUGGGAGCAGUGGCAAUCCAGACAAAGUCACUGGCAAGUGGAGCGGAAUGAUUGGAAAAGUCAUUUCCGGAGAGGCAGAUUUGGCAAUAGCUGACAUUACAAUUACAAGAGAGCGAGAGCAGGAUGUGGACUUUACCAUGCCUUACAUGAACUUGGGUAUCAGUAUCCUGUACAAGAAACCUCAAAAGUCCCCAAGCUUGUUCUCAUUCAUGUCUCCAUUCAGUACUUCUGUAUGGCAGUCUGUGUUGGCAGCAUACGUUGGUGUCUCUCUCCUUAUGUACGUCAUCGCUAGAAUAAGCCCAAAAGAGUGGACUAAUCCAUAUCCGUGUAUUGAUGAAUCAGAGCUGGAAGAGUUGGAGAACCAGUUCAGUCUGAACAACUCUUUCUGGUUUGUCACUGGUUCAAUCAUGCAACAGGGCUCGGAGUUGGCCCCCAUUUCAACGUCAACACGAAUGCUGGCGAGUGUCUGGUGGUUUUUCAUCUUGAUCAUUGUAUCAUCUUACACAGCCAACCUGGCAGCUUUCCUCACCAUUGAACAGAAUGAAGAGGUUUUCAGUGACGUAACUGGACUUGCCAACCAGAGAGCUGAUGCCCCCAAUUUUGUCAAGUAUGGAGCAAAGGCUGGUGGGGCUACUGAGGGUUUUUUCAAGGCGUCAAACCACUCGACUUACCAGAAGAUGUGGCAAUACAUGCAGGACAACUAUAAAGUAGUAAUGACCAAGUCUAACAAAGAAGGUGUGGACCGUGUGCUCAGCGAAAAGGAGGAUUAUGCCUUUCUCAUGGAGUCGGCAUCCAUCGACUACGAGGUGCAGCGCAAGUGCCAGCUACGCGAGGUCGGCCAACCUCUUGAUCAGAAGGGCUAUGGCAUCGUCAUGCCUAAGAAAGUUUGGUACAGAAACAUCCUGAGCAGCAGUGUGAUCAGGCUUCAGGAGAAGGGGAAGUUGACUCAACUCUACAAGAAGUGGUGGAAGGAGAAGAGAGGGGGAGGGGCCUGUGAUGCUGAGGAAGCGGGAGGGGAUGCAGAAGAAUUGGACUUGGACAAUGUGGGUGGAGUAUUCCUGGUGCUAGUAUUCGGCUCUCUCUUUGCCUGUCUAAUAGGUCUAGGUGAGCUCAUGUACGAAGUCUUCAUUAAGGAAGAUAAGGAGUCUUUUUGGAGUGAACUCAAGAAGGAACUAAUUUUCGUCAUCAGCUGUAAAGGAACCGUGAAGCAGCUCAAGCCUUCAUCAGAGAAAAGCAGCAACGAGUCAGCUGAGGAGAUUGCAGAGAUCGUUAACAGGAAGUCAAAGACACCCAAUGGUCUUGCCAAACACUCAAUAGAGUUAUAAAUAUUGACAAACUUGAUUUAGAGAUCCACUCAUAGCUAAAUGAAAUGACAAGCAAAAUUAUAAGUCAGACUAUAAUGACAGAACCAUUUGAAGAAUCACCUAAGACAAAUCCAAUACCUUUGAUUUUUUAGAUAUGCACGAUGACUCUUACUGUAGAAUAAGUAAAUUAACAAAGCUGUUUUAGAUGAAAAUAUUCCUUAGAGAUGUUAUGAUUUUAUAUUAGUUUUUUACUAGAAUAUAAGAUUUCCUAUACAGUAGUACCAUAUGUGUUUAUGAAUUGUUAAUUAAAUAUUGUUUACAGUUA